UUGCAUAUUCAUUUACAACAAAUUUACAAGAAAAACAAUAAAACAGAAGAAAUCCGGUGAACAUAUUUGGCUAAAAUUAUAGAAAUUGGCCAGAUAACUAAUGUCUAUAACGCUGGACGUAAAUGCAUUCCUCAAUAAAGAUGUCUGUACAACGGGGUGUGAUGAUAUUGUCAUGGAAAAAGAAAUGGAAACAAAUAUAUUCGAUGAAAUCGAACAUUUAUUAAAGUUCAACAAGAAUUUGGAAUUCGAAAAUCAACAUAAAGAGGAGGAACCACGAAAAAAGAAGGUUGAAGAACCUAAAGUAAAAGAGGGUAUUAAUUUGGAUUUUCUCAAUUCCACCUCUGAUGAUUUUCUGCUUACGUCCGACAGUCAGAGUUUGUUAGGGGAAGACCCGUUACUAUUUACCGUAGAACAGGAUCGUCUGCAGCCGGUAUCCUCUAGAUUUAUGGUGCCAGGCAUUUACAAACGUAUAGAGGGAGUGGCCACAAAUGAAGCCAAGACGGAGUUAAGAAAAUCCAAUGUUUUCGUUAGUGAAUUGGAAAAGCGGGGGCGCAUUGUCAGUCAGAAAGAUUUUGAACGUUUGUAUAUGCAGACCGAAGAGUGUGAAAAUCCGCCUAUAAGAAGAGUACUAUUACUACAACCUUUGGAAAGUGAUGAUGAGGAUGACAAUGGCUGCGUGGAGGAAGAAGUUGAAAAUAACGUUAUUCAAAAAGAUACUACUAACGUUAAGGACAAAAUUCCCAAAGAAUGGGAUGCUUUGAAUCGUUUGGCUUAUGACAUUUUGAAACUGACAAAUCGAGAUCACAUAGUCAUUGAUCGCAAAAGAAAUGAAAUUGUAAGAACUCAAUUUAAUACACAUCAAAAGACCAUCUAUAGAUUUUUGUCGCCAGAAAUGUUGGGCUUAAAACCCAGUCCAGAUGGUGAAACAAAAGUUAUUGAUUUAGAGGAAGAAUAUAAAUUUCAAAUGACUCAGAAAUCAGUUAAUAAACUAGGAAGACCACGUAAAAGGCAGCAGGAAGAUAAAUCUAGUAAAAAACCAAAUAAAAUAGGCAAAAGAGCUGAAAACACUCCGAGCUCAUCUAUAAAAGACAAUAAAUUAACCACAAAAGUAAAUACUAGAACCAGAUCUGGACGUUUAAUAAAAACCCCCAACGUAUCACAAGAAAUCAACAGCUCUUUACUACCGCCACCCUCUCCACAAGAAUCCAUAACAAAUUUAUUAAAUGAUCUAAAAGACUCUGACUAUCAGUGCAGUAAAUUGAAUGCUGCACCACAACCUUUGGCAGAAACCAUAAUACCAGCGGAAACAACUGCAGAAGAACAACAACAAUCGCCAAAACGAAAAAUACCACCUGAAGCCAUUUGUCCAACUUGUAAGAAAAUCUUUUUGGGCAAAAGACUACAAAGACAUUUUGCCCAACAUCCCGAACACAUGCAAAUACCCAACAAUUCCGCAACUGCAGCACAAACGGCCACCAAUACCGAAUUUAACCAACCAGUAGAAGAAAUGUCUUUAUUUCGUUUCUUGAUCUCAAAACUACAAAAGUCUCAAACACUUAAUGAAGACCAAAAGGCUGAUAUUUUCCUAAACGAGCUAAACGAUUUAGUGAAACAAUUGCAGCUGAGAAGUUCACGACUAAUACGCAACACUUCUGGCCUGCAUUUUGUUAAUCAGCGCUGUUCAAAGCUCUUGGGCAUACCAGAAGGUCAAUAUGCUUUAGAUCUGACCGCCAUAGAAGCUCCCCUGGAUCCAGAACUUACAAAUCAAUAUGAUAAUGCCAAUUCACAAAAUCAUCACUCACAACCCAAUAACAUUAGCACCCGUAGCCUGGACUACACCAAUAUCUCCAUAACUUUAGAUGAUACUCUAACCGAUGAGGCAGCUCAAAAAUUGAAUUUAUCAGCGGGUGGCAAAUUGUUGCCACCUUCAGAGGAGAGUCUCUUAAGAGCAGUUGACGAUUUGGUGCAGACUGAUAUAAAUAAAAUACAUGCGUCUUCCAUGCUGCAACAGCAACCCAUAGCUAGCACAAGCUGCCUCUCAGCAUCUUCAAAUACCUCGUCAGUGGUGGCCAAACUCUUGCCUCCUCACAUCGAUCAUGCUAGUGAUAAUGCUGUCGAGGCUGUUCAUAUGAAGGAGACCACAACAGCUGGUAAUGCUUCACAAACUCCUUUGCUGGAUUUAUCGGUUGAUUUUUUCCAGUUCAACAAUUAAUUUGUUUAAAAUUUUUGAAAAAUCAAGCUGAUAUUGAAAGAUAUUGAGAUCAUAAUUGAAAUAUUUAACAUUUUUUGUACAGUUUAUAAAGUAACUAAUAUUAAGUAUUACAUAGAAAGUUUGAUAAAGCCAAAAGUAUAAUCAAUGCUUUUAUUAACAAUUUAAGUUGAAAUAAAAGUUGUAUAAUACAAUUUACUUUAUGAAAA